AUGUCCCGCCAUCUACUACCUUACGCCGGACUACCAUCGCGACUGCUUCGUGUACAGACCCCCGCACUUGUCAUAGCACCCCAGCGCAUCAUCAAGACUCCAUUUGCCUCUGCUCGAGCGGCUCGGCCCUUUCACCAGUCCCUCAGGCCUCUCCAAUCGACCGCAAUGGGUUCCGUUUCUCACCAGCCUACUCGGCUACCCGAGUUCAGCCUCCAGGACAAGGUCAUCAUCGUCUCUGGCGCUGCACGAGGCCUUGGUCUGACCCAAGCAGAAGCCCUCCUCGAGGCCGGCGCGAUUGUUCAUGCCAUUGACCGUCUGCCUGAGCCCGACUCGUACUUUCACAAGGUUGCUAACCGCGCCAAGAGCGAGCUGGGCACCACGUUGACGUACCACCGCGCCGACGUUCGUGAUGUCGACAAUCUCAAUGCCCUCAUCGAGGGCAUCGCCAACGAGCAUGGCCGCGUCGAUGGCCUCAUCGCCGCCGCCGGUAUCCAGCAGGAGACGCCCGCUCUCGAGUACAAGGCCGAAGAUGUCGAUCGCAUGAUGGGCGUCAACGUCACCGGCGUCUUCAUGACGGCCCAGGCCGUCGCCCGCCAAAUGGUCCGCCUGCGCUGCAAAGGCAGCAUUGUCCUCAUUGCCAGCAUGAGCGGUACCGUCGCCAACCGCGGUCUCAUCUGCCCCGCCUAUAAUGCCUCCAAGGCUGCCGUCAUUCAGCUCGCCCGCAACCUCGCGUCCGAGUGGGGUGAGCACAACAUCCGCGUCAACACCAUAUCUCCAGGCUACAUCGUCACCGCCAUGGUUGAGGCCCUUUUCGAGACGUACCCCGAGCGCCGCGACGAGUGGCCCAAGCACAACAUGCUCGGCCGCCUCAGCGCCCCCGAGGAGUACCGCGGUGCCGCCGUUUUCCUGCUCAGCGACGCCAGCAGCUUCAUGACGGGCGCCGAUCUGCGGAUGGACGGUGGUCACGCGGCGUGGUAG